GCUUAUCACUCAUUUAUUCCAAAAAUAUUUACUGGAUGACUGUUGUGUGCCAGGCACUGCUCUAGGAGCUUGGGAAUGUGGGAUGAACAACACAGAUAAGGAUUUUACUUUCAUGGAAUUUAUGUUCCAGGGAGGAGAAUAGACAAUAAACAAGAGAGAUGUAGGAGAAUGUGAGUGCCAAGCAGAGAAUUAAAGUGAGAUAUGCUACAUAAAGACUUCUUAUGAUUGGGUGAUCCAAGGAGGCUUCUUUAAGAAAUUGAUAUUUAAGAUGAAUUCGGAUAGGUGAUGAAGGAGUGAGCAUUAUGAGGUGGGCUAGAUAGAGUGCAGAAAUACAAGGGGUAGAAAAUUUUUUUGCAAAAGCCUCCAGGAAAGAAAAAGAAAGAAAGAAAGAAAGAAAGAAAGAAAGAAAGAAAGAAAGAAAGAAAGGAAAGGAGAAGAGAAAAGAGAAGAGAAGAGAAGAGAAGAGAAGAGAAGAGAAGAGAAGAGAAGAGAAGAGUUGAGUUUGAAAUCUUUGAGAAACAAAAAAAGCAAAGCACAGUAGGGAAGGGGUGGAAGAGAAAUGAGAUUGGGAGGAGUUAGGGACAGCCCCUGGUUCUGUGGUUCUUAGCUCCAGGCUUCAUGUUAGCAGUGUCUGCAGGAACUUAAAAAUUUACCUGGAUCUCACCCAAGACAAAUUAAAUUGGAGUCUCUUUUGUUGCUGCUAUUUUGUUUUAUUUUGUUCCCAAGGGAAUUCUAAUCUGCUCUGCAGCCAGCAUGGUAAUUCAGGCUUUUGAAAAGCAGAGAGACUCCUUGAGCCAAGGGGAAUAUUGGAAUUGGAUUUUUAAGGAAAAUUGAGAAAUAAACUAUUUGGUAAGAGGCCCAUCACCAGGGUAAUGGAAGAGGAGCCCUCUCUGGUGCAUAAGACAUAGCAGGUCCCUUGUUGUGGUCAGCUGCGCAUCUGGAAGGUGAUGAUGGGAAUGAAUGGGAAAGCUUGGAGUUUUCACUGCACUUGCUGCUGCCUGGAAGAUCAUCCUUUAGAAGUAGGCAAACUGCUCCACGUGGUGGUAGACUUCCAGGGACCAGACACACUGUAGAAAGAAAUGAAUGAAAGUGGCUUUGGGGGCCCUGAACACAUGCUGCCUGUGGUCUAGUCCAGGGAAGCCCUCCCGAGGGGCCCUGGCAUUCUGGAAUGUCACCAGGUCUGGACGCAUGGCUGAUUCCUGAGUGACGAUGGUUCGCCGGGGGCUGCUUGCGUGGAUCUCGCGGGUGGCAGUUUUGCUCGUGCUGCUCUGCUGUGCUGUGUCUGUCCUCUACAUGUUGGCCUGCACCCCGCGAGGGGACGAGGAGCAGUGGGGGCUGCCCAGGGCCAAUGGCCCCACGGGGAAGGAGGGCUAUCAGGCCGCACUGCAGGAGUGGGAGGAGCAGCAUCGUGACUACAUCAGCAGCCUCAAGCGGCAGAUUGCACAGCUCAAGGAGGAGCUGCAGGAGCGCAGCGAGCGGCUCCGGAGUGCCCAGCAUCGCCCCAGCGACGCUGCCGGCCUGGGCUCCGAACCGGGGCCCCCAGAGAAGCCCCCAGCGGACCUGCUGGCCUUCCUGCGCUCCCAGGUGGACAAGGCCGAGGUGCACACAGGCGUCAAGCUGGCCACGGAGUAUGCCGCAGUGCCCUUUGACAGUUUCACGCUGCAGAAGGUGUACCAGCUGGAGACGGGCCUGACACGCCACCCCGAGGAGAAACCUGUGAGGAAGGACAAGCGGGAUGAGUUGGUGGAAGCCGUCGAGUCCGCCUUGGAGGCCCUGAACAGCCCCGUGGAGGGCAGCCCCAAUCAGCGCCCUUUCUCGGCCACAGAUUUCAUAGAAGGGAUCUACCGCACAGAGAAGGAUAAAGGCACUCUGUAUGAGCUUACGUUCAAAGGGGAGCAGAAGCAUGAAUUCAGGCGACUUGUCUUGUUUCGACCCUUUGGCCCUAUCAUGAAAGUAAAACAAGAAAAGCUCAACAUGGGCAACACACUCAUCAACGUUAUCGUGCCACUGGCAAAGCGGGUAGACAAGUUCCGGCAGUUCAUGCACAACUUCAGGGAGAUGUGCAUCCAACAGGAUGGGAGAAUUCAUCUCACCGUUGUUUACUUUGGGAAGGAAGAAAUGAAUGAGGUCAAAGGAAUACUUGAAAACACUUCCAAAGCUGCCAACUUCAGGAACUUCACAUUCAUCCAACUGAAUGGAGAGUUUUCUCGGGGAAAGGGACUUGAUGUCGGAGCCCGCUUCUGGAAAGGAAGCAACGUCCUUCUCUUUUUCUGUGAUGUCGAUAUCUACUUCACCUCUGAAUUCCUCAACACGUGCAGGCUGAACACGCAGCCAGGGAAGAAGGUAUUUUAUCCGGUCCUUUUCAGUCAGUACAAUCCUGGCAUAAUAUACGGCCAUCACGAUGCAGUGCCUCCCCUGGAGCAGCAGCUGGUCAUAAAGAAGGAAACUGGAUUUUGGCGAGACUUUGGCUUUGGGAUGACCUGUCAGUACCGUUCAGACUUCAUCAAUAUAGGUGGCUUUGACUUGGACAUCAGAGGCUGGGGCGGGGAGGACGUGCACCUGUACCGCAAGUAUCUCCACAGCAAUCUGAUUGUGGUGCGUACACCUGUGCGGGGGCUCUUCCACCUGUGGCACGAGAAGCACUGCGUGGACGAGCUGGCCCCCGAGCAGUACAAGAUGUGCAUGCAGUCCAAGGCCAUGAACGAGGCGUCCCACGGGCAGCUGGGGAUGCUGGUCUUCAGGCAUGAGAUAGAGGCCCACCUUCGCAAACAGAAGACGAGUAGCAAAAAAACCUGAACUCCCAGGGAUAGAUCCAGGGAGGUUUUGUACUUUUUUCCCUUUGUGAUCACUGAACAUGUGGCUGUGACAAAGAAAAGACUUUCCUCAAGGGCAAGAAAAAAAAAAAAAAGCUCAACUGAUUAGUAAAAGAGAUGGGAGAGAGCCUCUGAUUUCUCUCUGCCUAUUUGGCUCAACGCAACAGGAAUUAAAAUCUCUCACUUGGCCUGCAGGAGCAGCCCAAAUGCAUCCCGUGCAGAGUCUGACAAAGGCAGGAUGAUUGUGAGGUUACAAGCCUAACUGCGUGGAGGGUUUGUGUUUACAGCAGAGUGAGAGCUAUUAUCUUUUGUGCCCGUUGAAAUAUUCACAAAUUAUAAAAAGUUUGUUUUAUAAGGAGUUCUUUCAAAUGAAAGGCAAGCACAUGUCUCCCCUAUGAGUGAUGACUGCGUGGGUAGGGCUGUCGUGCCUGGAAAUGCUAACAUAUCAGGAGACCUUGUGAGCUUCGGAGAUACACUCAUGGUGAUCCUUGUGAGUAUAUUAAGCAAAACCAAAUGGACUCAAAAAGAGAAAAAAAGAAACUUGUGUCAUUUCCAUCCAAGAUUAACCAAAAAUAAUCUGCUCAUCUUUUUUUUAUUAUAGUUUUAACCAUCCCCGUUUCUUAAUUUUAUUUAAAAAUGCUUUUUUUUUGCUUAUGAGUUAUAUUCUGCUUAUUUAAUUACCAAUUUGCAAGCCUUACUAAGAUAGCACAAGUUAGCAUACAUUUUUAUACAUUUUAAGAAAAUACUUGUAUUGUGAGAAACUUUUGUUCAGAUUGAGCCCCAUAUCCAAGGACAUGCCAAAUGCUAAUCCCGUCAGACCCUGAAUGUCAGGUGGAAGUCGUGGCAUGGGACUACUGAUACAUCGAGACUUAGAGAUACUUUAUCUGAAGAGUAUUUCCCAAGAGGAGCAACUGAACAUUGGAGGGAAAGAAAGAUAUACGUUUUCCUUUAACAGAAAGCCUCAUUCAGACUGGUAAUAUCUUGAUUUAUUCAAAAGUCAGAAAACACAUUUUCUCCUCAGGAGAACUGGGGACCACGUUCUUACCUGUUUAAAUAAACCAAAGUAUACUGUGUGAACCAAACUAUCUUUUUUCAAAGCAGGGUGCUCUUCCUGGCUGCUGGCUUUUAUGAAAAGAAAUGCAGAAAAAUGUAUUUUGUGAAAGAUCACUCCAUCUGCCAGAGUCAAGUGGGAUGGAAGAUUUUGCUACAUGUUCACCCACCCCAAUCUAGGGGAAAGUAAAUAUUUUUUAAAUUAAACAGUUAUACUUAGCCGCCAAGAUGCUUCUGAAAAUGGCAUUUUAUUACAGUUUCCAACUAUUUUUUAAAAAUACAGUUAACAUUGAGUGAUUUCUACAUUCAUGUGAAAAUUAUUUAUUUAUUAGCCAGCACCAGAUGCAUGAGCUAAUUAUCUGUGAUUCCUUGCCUUCUGUUUGCCCACAGUCAACUCAUUGUUUAAAAGCUUCCAGAACAUUCAAGCUGUUGGUGUGUAAAAAAAAAAAAAAAAUGCAUUGUAUUGAUUUGUACUGGUAGUUCAUAAGAUUUAAUUAAAACACAGGACAUGAAUGGAAGGUAACAUUGGACAGCUAAUAAAAUAUGAUUUGUGGAUAUAA